AGGAAGUAGCUUCGCCGACCUCGAGGAGCCUGCGCGGCGUCAAGAUGGCGUCGGCUUCCGCGAGGAAGCGCCCGAGCGAGGAGGCGGCGGGCGGAGGGGAGCGGGGGCCGCCGCCGCCGCCGCCGCCACCUCAGCGCGCAGGGAAGCGGCGGCUGCUGGUCAUCCUGGAGGGAGCGUCGCUGGAGACCGUGAAGGUUGGGAAAACAUAUGAGCUACUGACCUGCGACAAGCAUAAAUCGUUGCUUCUGCGAAGUGGCCGGGACCCUGGAACAGUUCGACCUGACAUCACCCACCAGAGCCUCCUGAUGCUCAUGGACAGUCCCUUGAACCGAGCAGGCCUUCUCCAAGUUUAUAUCCAUACAGAAAAGAAUGUUCUAAUUGAAGUCAAUCCCCAGACAAGAAUCCCUCGCACGUUUGAUCGUUUUUGUGGCCUCAUGGUUCAGUUGCUGCACAAAUUUAGCGUCAGAGCUGCUGAUGGGCCUCAGAAGUUAUUAAAGGUAAUUAAGAAUCCUGUUACCGAUCACCUCCCUGUAGGCUGCGCGAAGAUCGGCACAUCCUUCUCGGCCUCUACUGUGACAGAUGUCCGUGACAUAGUCCCUACUGCAGACCCAAUAGCUAUCACUGUGGGAGCUUUUGCUCACGGCUCGGUUAAUGUGGAAUACACAGAAAAGACUAUCUCUAUCAGCAACUACCCACUCUCUGCUGCUUUGACUUGUGCCAAGAUCACCACAGCCUUUGAAGAGAUGUGGGGAGUGGUGUGAACUUACUAAUGCAAUGUGGACUUUGUGCAGUUGGACUUAAGUGCUUGCUCCAUGUCCUGGAGCAAUGUGUGCUACAGGGUUCUACCUGUUAGAAUUGCCUCAUGUUUUGUUUGGGGGCAUAAAUAAAUGUUUUUUUACUGUGGUG